AAUCCCUAAAUCCUCCUCUCCUUGUAUCAAAUCAAACAUAGAGAAAACGUGGAGGUGGAGAUUUCUGAUUCCUGAAAAUUAAUUAUUAGAAUGGCGAGAAUCAUGAAGAAAGUUGUUGCAUCUUCGAUAACUCCGGUACUCCUGGCGUAUACGAGGAGGACUCCUCGUAGAAAUUACAGCACUUCUUCGAUCUUCAUCACCCCGCAAUUGAAGAACAAUAAUACGAUUAGCCGUUUAAUUUAUCAAAUUCUGAAUCCAACUCGUGACUUGUCUUCUUCUCUCGGUAAUAAAGGAUCGUCUGGAUCUGUGAAAAUCAUAUGUACCGGCGAGGAAGCUGCUGAACAUCUCCUUAAACAGGUUCUGCAGACACCAAGUGAAUUUCCCUUCAAAAUUGAAGAUAAACCAGGAGAGCAAACCGUAACAUUGACUAGAAAAUACCAGGGUGAUGACAUCAAAGUCAUAGUGCACAUGCCUGUCAAGGAAAGAGGUGAUAAAUCGGUUGACCAGAAUCACGACCACCAACACAAGAAUAGUUUUAGUGAUCCACAGUCCAGCAUUCGCUUAGUUGUAACUAGUACGAAUUUUCUUGGGACUACUUUGGAGUACGGUGUCAUUGCUUAUCGAGAUGACUUUUCAAUAGACAGUUUCUGUAUAAAGUAUGUGAAUGGUCUAGAAGAAGAAAAUAUCUAUUACAGAGGGCCUGACUAUGUGAAAUUGGAUAAGAACUUGCAGAAAGAAUUCCACAGACGUCUGAAGAUCAGAGGGAUCAUACCCAGCACCACCAACUUCUUACAUGAGUACAUGGCAAACAGAGACAUGUACUCAACAGACACAUCCAGUUCUCCUCCUACUACUACUGCAACUCCCACUGAUCAACCUACUCCUGAAUUCGUCGGAACAAGAUUGAUUAAUGAUGAAGGAAUUCCAGUCGACUAUGUAAUCGAAGUAUAUAGACAAAGAGGGCACCCACUUGUCAGCGCUGAGGAUAUCCGCAACAACGGAAAGAAUCCCGAAGACUUCGUUUGGAUUCCAUAUCCUUAUACUCGUAGUGAGAAGCUAUUGUGGAUUGAAGUUCCUAGGAAGGGUCACUACGUCUCUCGAAGUGAACUUGAAGACUACGGUAUUAAAGAUGAUGAUUCUAACUUAUUCCUUGAUGGCGAAGCUUACAACACGAAUCCUUACAGUUACAGUAAUUUACCUCCCAAAGCAUUUGGGGACCCCCCUUUCUUCUCAGAAGAGAUGGAUAAGAUAUUGUAUCCUGAUUUGAAAAAUAUGACUGAUCCUAAAAAGGCUUGGGAUGAACUUGGUGUUGCCUUUAAAGCAUACGAUGAUGAGAUGGAUAGGAUAAUGUUUCCUGAUGGACCACCUGUACAUAUGAGUGAUUCGGAUCUUGAAUAUUAUCAAGUAUAUUGUAUGUAAAUUUGAGAAUGAUUUUAGAUCGUGUGUAUGUAAAUUUUGAGACGUCUUUUAUUGCUCAAUUUCUUGUUUUAUAAUGAUUUUCAUCCCCCGA